AUGGAUUAACAGCGUUCAUCACUUUGUGUCAGUUUGCAUAACGUAGAGUUUGCAAAGGAUUAUCAUUACUUCAUUACUGUAUAAUUAAAUGUAGAUGGGGAGAAGAAAAGAACCGACGUGAGUGCCUAAGUAGCAGCACCAGUAUUUGCAGCGAGUACUUUUAUAAUACCACUUUCGAAUUUUAAAUUGGACAUUAACGAUUACUUGCACUUCGAAGCAUAUGUUGUAACCGAUCGUGAAUAAGGACGUGGACCUGAACUAGACAAUUAGGGUUAAGCAAGGUUAUUAGGGGAGUGUAUAUUGAAGUUGGGUGAUUUCACAGGUCCAUUGACAGACAUAAGUGGAACAGGGGUGAGAUAACACUUGAAAUUUGUUCGUCGAAAUGAUAAGUAAGUGACAGUGGGAAGAUUCAUUGUAAAUCUUAAAUUAGUAGGAGAACAAAUAAUCCCAAUAAAUGAUGAGAAACCAUUAGAAUCAGAUGAGAUAUUCCAACCUCUCCCAGCAUCAGAUCCAUUCAUGAGUUUUACAUGGAGAUUAAGAGUAGAUAUUAGGGCUUGUAUGGAUAUGCCUUUACAUCGUGAUUCUCAGUCUGGACUACCUAGGGGCUUUGUGAAAUUGGGCUGGUCAUAAUAUGAUAAUCAACCUCCAUCUGAACAUCAUAUGCAUUUAACAAAAAUAAGAGAUUAAAAUAGACAUCCGAUUUGGAACUAGCAAUUUUUGAUCCCAAAUCCAUAAACAGUGACAACUCUGGAUGGGUAUUUAUAUCUUAGUUUGGUGGAUGAUAUUGGAUAGAGAGAAAUCGAGAGUGUUUAUUUUCCAAUCUCGUAAAUGAGACCCUUCUAACCAAUGAACUUUGAAUUACAAUUUAAAUAUGCAGAAUAUGAGGCUAGACCUAGAUUGUAUAUGUCAAUCACUUUGGAAAUGGCUGAUAAACAGAAGUUCUUAGAUGAAUUAAUCGACAUCAUCGUAAAGAUGGUUCAUUAUGAUCCAUUGCCAUAUGCAAGUAGGACUAACUUGAUUAUGACUCUAAACCAAACCAAAAUUAAAGAAGUGCCGUAUUCAGUAAUAGAUUUGAAGGGUGCCCCAACUUUGGCUCAAGCCUUAAGUAAUGCUCAAUCCGAUGUGUUUAUAUCUUCGAUAAUGAAGAUUCCACCACAUAAGGCUGAUAAAGUGUAUAAUGCAGUAGCAGUCUUUACACUGCCCAAAUCUUAAUUUGGAAGUAUUCUUUAUGUUGAUCUUAAUAGAGUGGAAUUGCAUUCUAUUUAGCCACUAGAGAUGACACUAUCUAAUCUAUGCAUUCAAUGCCAAAUGGAAUAGUCGGAUAUUCAGAAAUAAUUGAUGAUUGGCUCCGAAAGUUAUAUUAUUCCAAGGAGAAGAAGCAAGCAUUUUUCCCGAUCACUUGGUCUGAUGAAUCCAAACAAAGGCCAAUUGACUUGUAUGGAAGCUGGAGACAAUCCUGCAAUAAGUAGGGUCUCAUCAUCAAAGAAAUCUACACGAUUAGUACCCAGAACACCAGAUAUGAAAGCUUUGGCUGAAAAUGUUUCAGGAGCAGAUAGAUCAAAGUGGGAUAUCUUGUCAAAGGAACUUUCGCAAAAAUAAGAAAUGAUUCAUAGAUUAAUGAAGGAAGUAGAUGAUAAAACAGAGAGUCUUAAAAUUACAGGAACUGAAAUUGUCGAUUUAAGAAGACAAGUUAAAUUAUUAUAGAGUGAAAAUUCUAUUCUACGAAAGCGUUUAGCCCAUGAGGAGUCUCUUGAAAUCUAAUCUAUUAUAACCAAGGAGAUUGCUGUUAUGUCUAUGGAAGAAUUAAGACAAAAGAUAAUUAAAGUUGCUCAAGCUUAUCGAAAUGAAAGAGUAAGAAAUGAAGAAUUUGAAAAAGCUUUGAAAACUGCUUAAAAAGACAUUGCUUCAGCAAGACAACUUGAAGUAGAAUUGGAGUCUUUAUAAAGAGUUCAUUAAGAGAAUGCCAAGAAAAUGUUGGUCAUGCAAUAAGAAAUCUAAAAGGUUGGUGUUUAUAAAGAGGCUGUAAAGAAAUAAGAAACUGUGAUAUCAAAAUUAGAAAAAUUAAUGGAAACUUCACUAAAAGAUGCUUAAAAAGCAAGAUAAGCACAAUUAGAGGUUGAAUAACUCAAGAGCGAAAAUCUCAACUUACAGAAAUAAUUAAAAGGUAUUGUAUAUGGAGAGGACAUUGGAGAGUUAGAACGUUAUAAAUAAGAAUGUUAGAGGUUAGAGAAAAUUGUUGCCAAUAUGAAGGAAGAGUUGAGAAAUAAGAGACCUGUAAGUAAUAGUGGAGCUGAUUGGGAAUAAGAUAAAAUGGAAUUGGAAGUCAAAUUGCAUAAAGCCAAUGCUAGAAUAGAGGCUUUGCAAGAUGAAAUGACUUAUAAUGCAAAGAAUUAUGCUAAGGAAAUAGCAUAAUUGAAAUUAAUAAUUGCAGAGAAACAAGCAUUGUUAGACUCUUUGACGAUGGGUGGAUAAUGA